AUGAUGAUGAUGAUGUCAUUCUUUUAAGUGCGCAACCCUGCUGAAUCCACAUCCGGGUCCUGCGCUUCUGCUGGUGUGCAGAGAUUCGGUCCCGAACGCAGCGGACCAAAAUAGCGGUCAAACCCGACCCCUUACACGUUCAGGACACAGCAUAAAUGGGAAUUAUGCAUCCCUGGUUUAAACAGAUAAGGGUGAUCCGCUCUUUCACAGACUGAAUGCAGAGCAAAACAAUCCGCCAGCCUCUCUCUCUCACCUCCACCGCCGCGCUCAGUUUAUAUCUCUCUCUUUCUUUUCGUCCUUCUCUUUUAUCUGGUUUUUAGCUUCUCCACAGCAGAACUCCCCAGGACUUAUUUUUAGUGGAUUCCUAAGCAGCAGUGAUGGGUGCAUUUCUGGAUAAGCCAAAGAUGGAGAAACAUAAUGUCCAUGGUGAAGGCAACGGCCUGCGCUAUGGCCUGAGCAGCAUGCAGGGCUGGCGUGUAGAGAUGGAGGAUGCACAUACUGCUGUCAUCGGUCUGCCCAAUGGCUUGGACCCCUGGUCAUUCUUUGCUGUUUACGACGGGCAUGCAGGAUCGCAAGUGGCACGUUACUGCUGCGAGCACCUCCUGGAGCACAUCACCAGCAACCCUGACUUCCAGGGUGGAGGCGGAGGAGGAGGUCCAGCUGUGGAGCCCAGCGUGGAUAGCGUGAAAUCUGGAAUCCGUACUGGUUUCCUGCAGAUCGACGAUCACAUGCGGCAGAUCUCGGAGAAGAAGCACGGUGGCGCAGACCGCAGUGGCUCAACGGCUGUCGGUGUGAUGAUCUCACCCCGCCACAUCUACUUUAUCAACUGCGGAGACUCACGGGGUUUGCUGAGCCGCGGAGGGGCUGUGCACUUCUUCACACAGGACCACAAACCCAGCAACCCCUUGGAGAAGGAGAGGAUCCAGAACGCUGGAGGAUCCGUGAUGAUCCAGCGCGUCAAUGGCUCCCUGGCAGUGUCCAGGGCUCUGGGGGACUUUGACUAUAAGUGUGUGCAUGGUAAGGGUCCCACAGAGCAGCUGGUGUCGCCGGAGCCCGAGGUGUAUGCCAUCGAGCGGUCAGAGGUGGAGGAUGAGUUUAUUGUUCUUGCUUGUGACGGGAUUUGGGAUGUAAUGGCCAAUGAGGAGCUGUGCGAUUUUGUUCGUUCACGACUGGAGGUGACUGAUGAUCUGGAGAGGGUCUGCAAUGAAAUUGUAGAUACCUGUUUGUAUAAGGGAAGUCGUGACAACAUGAGUGUUGUGUUGGUGUGUUUUGUUAGUGCACCGAAGGUUUCCCCUGAAGCCGUCAAAAGGGAAGCAGAGCUUGAUAAAUACCUAGAGAGCCGAGUAGAAGAAAUCCUGAAGAGGCAGGGGGAUGAAGGUGUGCCCGACCUGGUACAUGUGAUGCGCACGUUAGCAUCUGAGAGCAUCCCCAACCUACCACCUGGAGGAGAGCUGGCCAGCAAACGGAGUGUAAUUGAAGCAGUAUACAACAAACUUAAUCCAUACAGGAACGAGGAUACAACUUGACUGAAAAUCAGGCACCUCGGGUGCUCUUUACUUCAGCACUCAGCACUUGAUUCUGAUGCUUUUCAUGACUACCAACCUUGACCUGCCACACCUCAGGCUGUUCUUCCAGUUCAUGUAUUUUUACAAACCAGUUCAAGCCUUCCCAAAAUAACAAUGGAACAUUUUCAGUCUGUCAUUUUCCUCUCUUCCAUAUUUAUUUAAUAAUUUGUUCAUGUCGUAUUCAUGUCAUAUUUAUGUUUUAAGGGGCAGUUCAGCCUGCUAAGUGUGAACCCUGAUAGGUUGGUGUGCAUAUUGAUGGGCUUAAGCUGUUUGAUCCAUUGGUGAUAUUUUUCUUUCUUUUGGGGUGGUGCUUUGCUUUAGGUGUAGUCUCAUAGAUUGCUGGGGUUGGGUAAACCCUUAUAGGAACCUGUAGGUUUUUGAGGAAGAUUUUUUUUUUUUUUUUACAGUUCUGCAAAAUAAUGAGUUUCCCUGUGAAUUGGUGUAAAAUAGGCCCAGAGAGGUUGUUGUGACUUUAAUGCUUGUAUUCCAGAUACAGGACUUGUAUUUGAAUUGUCUUAGAAUUGGAAUACACAAACAGCAAUUUUAGUCCAAUACCUGAGCAAAUCUGAAUUUGGGAAACUAUUACAAUAGAACCACAAUAAAUCUGUCUUUUGGAUCACUCUGGACCCAAAUAUGUAUAUCAUUAAUAUAGGGUACUGUGAUUAUAGCCAAAACUGAUAUCUCAAUCGCUUUUGUGCUUUUUUCCAUAUUCAGUGUAGUAUGUGAUUUUCCCCAAUCCAAGGAAGCAUCCUCUCAAGUAAUAGUAAUAAACAGCAGUAUUUACAUACCUAAACACUACCAUCCAAAAGUUUGGAAUCAGCUAGAUUUAAAAUGAAUAAAUGAAUACAGACAUUCCCAUUGUUAAAAAAAAAACAUUACAAAUAAAUGCAGUUCUUUUGAACUUUCUGUUAGUCAAAGAAUCCUGCCAAAAGUAUAGUUUCCACAAAAAUGUUAAGCAUUACAACUGUUUUCAACAUAGAUAGUAAUAAGAAAUGUUUCUUGUGCACCAAAUCAGCAUAUUAGAAGGAUUUCUGAAGGACCAUGACACACUCAAGACUGGAGUAAUGGCUGCUGAAAAUUCAGCUUCACCAUCACAGGAAUGAAUUACAAUGUAAAAUAGAAAACAUCUAUUUCAAAUUUUUAAUAAUAUGUGGUAAUGUUACUGUUUAACUGUAUUUUCAAAUGAUCAAAUAAAUGAUGAAAUAAAUA